AUGCAUCUCACUCAGCUCAAUCAUGAGUGCCUACUGCACCUCUUCUCCUUCCUGGACAAGGACAGCAGGAAGAAUAUGGCCAGGACCUGCUCUAAGCUCCAAAGAGUGUUUCAGGACCCCAUGCUCUGGCCCCACUUACACUUCAGUUCACUCACUGAACUCCAGAAGGACAACUUCCUCCUGAGCCCUGCGCUGCGCAGCCUCUCCAUCUGCUGGCAUUCAAGCCUCGUGCGUGUGUGCAACAUUGAAGACUGGCUCAAGAGCACCCUGCAGAGGAGCAUCUGCAGUCGUCAUGAGAACCUGGUCAGCGACUUCCUCCUCCAGGUGGCAGACAGGUGUCCCCACCUGGCGUCCGUCACGCUGUCCGGAUGCGGCCACGUCACCGACGACUGUCUCAGCCGGCUGCUGAGCCGCUGCCCGCGCCUGCGCGCUCUGCACCUGCACAAUUGCGCGCGCGUGACCAAUCGCACGCUGGAGGCGGCGGCGGCGGCGGCGCGCGGGGCCGCGUUGCUCACGCUGCACGUGGACUUCUGCCGCAACGUCAGCGCCGCCGGCCUCGGGCGCCUGCGCCACGCGUGUCCGCAUCUGCGCCUGCGCGCGGACCACAGCGCCGCCCUCAUCCCCGACCGGCCCCCCGCGGGGCCCUGCGUCCCGGGACCGCCCCGGGGGAGGGCAACUCCAUGUGACCUUUGA